CCGCCCCCGCCGCUCGGACGGCCCGAGUCGCGCCCUCCCGCCCCGCGCCGCCGAACUUGCUCUAACUUCCUCGGCCGAGCCGGGCCGCGCCGCUGCUGCAGCCGCCGUGCGCGGAUUCUGCUUCUCAGAAGAUGCACUAUUAUAGAUACUCUAACGCCAAGGUCAGCUGCUGGUACAAGUACCUCCUUUUCAGCUACAACAUCAUCUUCUGGUUGGCUGGAGUUGUCUUCCUCGGAGUUGGGCUGUGGGCAUGGAGCGAAAAGGGUGUACUGUCCGACCUCACCAAAGUGACCCGGAUGCAUGGAAUCGACCCCGUGGUGCUGGUCCUGAUGGUGGGCGUGGUGAUGUUCACCCUGGGGUUUGCCGGCUGCGUGGGGGCUCUGCGGGAGAAUAUCUGCCUGCUCAACUUUUUCUGUGGCACCAUCGUGCUCAUCUUCUUCCUGGAGCUGGCUGUGGCCGUUCUGGCCUUCCUGUUCCAGGACUGGGUGAGGGACCGGUUCCGGGAGUUCUUCGAGAGCAACAUCAAGUCCUACCGGGAUGACAUCGACCUGCAGAACCUCAUCGACUCCCUUCAGAAAGCGAACCAGUGCUGUGGUGCAUAUGGCCCUGAAGACUGGGACCUUAACGUCUACUUCAACUGCAGUGGCGCCAGCUACAGCCGAGAGAAGUGUGGGGUCCCCUUUUCCUGCUGCGUCCCGGAUCCUGCGCAAAAAGUUGUGAACACACAGUGUGGAUAUGAUGUUAGGAUUCAGCUGAAGAGCAAGUGGGACGAGUCCAUCUUCACGAAGGGCUGCAUCCAGGCGCUGGAGAGCUGGCUCCCGAGGAACAUUUACAUUGUGGCCGGCAUCUUCAUUGCCAUCUCGCUGCUGCAGAUAUUUGGCAUCUUCUUGGCGAGGACCCUGAUAUCAGACAUCGAGGCGGUGAAGGCCGGCCAUCACUUCUGAAGAGUUGAGGGAGCCGAGCUGAGCCACGCUGGGAGGCCAGAGCCUUUCUUUGCCGUCAGCCCUACAUCCAGAGGGAGAGGAGCCGACACCCCUGGAGCCAGCACUCCAUCUUCAGCAUCAGCGUGAUAUGACCUCUCUGUUUCUCCUUGCUGGUGCUGAAGACCAAGGGGUCCCCUUGUUACCUGCCCAAACUUGUGAUUGCAUCCCUGCUGGGGUCUACCCAGAGACAGAAUGUGUCUUUAUGUGGGAGUGGUGACUCUGAAGGACAGAGAAGGCUCCUGUGACUCAGAAGGACAGAGAAGGCUGCCAGGAGGGCUUGACUCAGUCCCCCUGCAGCUCUGCAGGACGUCUGCAGGACACCCUGGCCCCCUUUCCACUGGCGUCCAAACAUCUGCUUUGGGUCAUCCACAUCUGUGGGUGGGCCGUGGGUAGAGGGACCUGAAGACAUGGACAGGGCAUUUCUUUCCAUCAAGCCAAGCAGCACGGGGACCUGCCUGUAACUGGGGAGGCAGACGGGGCCCUGCUGGGCCUCUGAGUGCCAUUGUGGUCUGCGGGGACAUGCACACAUCAGGGGUUGUUUGCAGGAUCCUCAGCCAUGUUCAAGUGAAGUAAGCCUGAGCCAGUGCGUGGACUGGUGCCACGGGAGUGCCUUGUCCACUGCCCCGCCAUGUCUGCCAGCUGUUCUCCUGGUGCCAGAACUGCCUCUGGUCUUGACAGCAUUAAGCCCUGGUGGCGAUGGUGGGGCGGUGGACAUGGUUCUUCACUGAGAGCCGGCUCUCCUUUUCUUAAAGUGUGUAAAUAGUUUAUUUAUAGGGGUAAGAAUGUUCUCACACCAUUUCACUUCCUCUUCCUCUCCUCCAGCAUUCUUCUUUGAGCAGCCUUACAUGGUGUCCACGGCUGGAGCCGACCCUUUGAGUCCCCUUGAAUGUCUUAAGAACCAGCCCGUAACAGCCUCUCCUUCCCUUCCAUAUACUGCAGCCUCCCUCCAUGCAUCCCACACACAAGCACUCGCCCACUCGCCCACUCCCCAGUGUGGCCUCACUGUCUUCUGUCCUUGGUGCUACUGAAACUGUCAGCCAGAAUUUGAAUCCUGACCCUCCCCACUGCAAGCCUGGGGAGCCUUAGCCCAAGGUGGCCAGCCCGAAACUGUUGGCCAGGGCUUCUCUUUCGGCUGGGUACCCAGGACUGGCCAGCCUGCCAUUUGUCUCUCUCUGGACAGCCGUUCUGCAGCCAGACCCAGGGCCAAGCCAUGACCCCAGGCUGCAGCUGGUCAGAAGCUCUGGCGUUUUGUUUCUGACUUAAGUGGUGACCGCCCCCCACCAUAGGAUAUCAGUGGUGAGUGGUCCACCCUUCCCGUCAGGGCUGUUCUGGGGCCUGCUCUUGGAAAUGAAGUAUAGUGAGUAACACCCCUGGGGAUAGCUGGGACAUUUGUCCAGCUGGGCUGCUUUCUAAUGCUUUGCCAUAGCUCAUACCACUUCUCUCAUCGUUCAGGGAUUGAGUGCAACCUUCAGUUACUUGCUGGAGUGUACAUUCUAGUGUGGUGUAUACCAGUGGCUGUUGAUGAUGAUGUCAUCAUCUUUUUUUCCUUUCUCUUUUCUUUCUUUUCUUUUUUUUUUUUUUUUACAAUUUUCUGUAGACUAGGAGAAGAAUGCUUGUGUUUUUAGGAAGUGUGAUGCUUCUCUUUGACUGCCAAACUCUUUUAUGGAAUAUAUCUUUAUAUUAAUGCUGUUGUUUUGGUCGUUUUUGUUUGGGGUCACUAUCAAGAUGCUGCUAUGCAUCUCAGUGGUGAACGCAGCUGCCAGAGGAACCAAGGGAGAGGGUAUGUAGACUUUACCAAAGGGUGGAUAGUAAAGGCAGUUCGUCGAUAGCACAACCUGACAUACAUUUUAUUGAGUGAUUUUUUUUUUAAGAUUCUGUACGGCGGCACUUUCAUUAUCCCUUGUGUGCAGGCUGCAGCCAGCACACUUGGCUUGUGGUCUAUCCCCAGCUGUGUGUGCUGGAGAAACUUCAACUCCAUAGGUCUAGAGGAAACAUUAUUUUAGGCUAUUUCUGUCCACCCUGGGUGAUACUAUUUAUUGAUCCAAGCAAAAGAGCUUGGGGAUGCCGAGUCAAAUUGUGAUGUGGAGUUGAAGUCUGGGCACUGCCACUGCCUGAGCUGUGUGUGUCCUGGGCAUGCUGGCCUGUCUGUGAAGGGGGUUGGUGACGGUGCCCGCUUCACUACGUGCCUCUGGCCCAGCCUCCCAUGGGGAAGUGGGUGGCCGCAGACCCUGCCUGCUAGUGUGUUGGCGCUAAAACCUCCUGGAAGGCUCCUGCAGGCCUGACCCUUCUAUUUCUGUAGACCUAGUUCAGGAUGAAGUCUAAGUGUGACUUCUGCAGAGUUGGGUUUGUCUUUUGCCAUUUUCGGCCAUGUCAUGUGACUGAAUAAUUGGAUGAGGAAUGGAAGGAAAGCAAGGAUGAGAGCCGGGCAUGUGGCGGUCUCCACCCAGGAUGGGCUGUCUGCACAGAGGCACAGGGCAGGCCUCCUGUGCGCUCCCCACCCAGCACUGGCCUGCCCUGAAUCCCCACCUUCCCUGGUUGGAGGUCUGCUGUGGCAUCUGCACCCUGUCCUCACCCCACCAUGCACAUACUCACUUUAAAGUCUUGGGUUCCUUCCUGUACCCCCUCCCCGAUCCCGGUCCACCCCCUUUCAGGAUCUUGCCACGUUAUUUUUCCCGUCCCCUAUUCCUGUCACUAGCCUGCCUUUCCCCAUCCUAAAAACUUGCUGUGGCCCUGUGGCUGCCUCCCUUUUUUUCCCAGGUAGCUUCUUAUCUGGGUUGCUUGUACCCCUCCUUUCCACCACCCACCACACUGCAUGUAGCUGAAAGCUGCCUAUCCCAGCUGUCAACCCAGACCUUCCUUUGGCCUCUGUAGCACUGGACACCGCACCUCCUGAAAGUCCUCUGCUUCAGAGGCCCUGGCUUGCCAGUUCUCUGACCUCUCUCAUCUGUCUGCUCAGGACUCCACUGCAGCUGUCCUUACUGGCCUCCAGGGAAUCCCACUUCCCACAGGACAGGGCUGUGGGCUGGGCAGAAAAACCCAUCUGCACGGUCCACAAGAAACCUGGCACUCAGUUUCUCCAUGAACAUCAAUGACAAUUGAUGGAUACAGAACCUUCCUGGAACAUAGAAUUUCUCCAGGAGAUACCCAGAGGCCACUGGGGAGGUGACAGGCACGCAUGUGAGUGUAGAUGGCUGCAAUGUUGGUCCCAGCAGCAGAGAGGGUCUCAGUCUCAACAGGGAGCCCACCUGAUGGUUUCUCAGCCAGCAGUCUCAGAGGAAUAUAGACUGCAGAGAAAGGAGAGAAGUAGCAGUGGUCUUGGCACCUAAGGCAUCCUGCUCUCAUGGGAAGGUCUCUGCCCAGGUAUCAGGUGCAUCAGCCUGUCGCCCACUGGUUCAAAGCUUUCAGCUGUGCUGGGUGAGGGUGGGUGGUGGAGUGCUGAAUGACCUUCAUGGGUGGGCAUUUCCAGCUCUAUGGUCAAUGGGGUGUCUGUCCACAAAAUCACAGGGUUUUUAGGUUGUGUGUUUGGGGCUAUGGGAACCUGUCCCCCAUGAUGGAUCUUGGUAGGGACACCUCCCUGUGCUUGUGUCUGUCGUGCCCGGGAGGAUGCUGCCCGGCCUUCCAGGGCAGGUGACCAUCUGCAGCCGUGUCCUCAUUCAUCUAGAUGCCUUCCAGAAAUCUGGGGAGCCAUACACCUUUAGAGCCUUUUUAGCUCCUUAUCAAGUUGGCAAGGCUUGGCCAUUCAUGUUCAAGGCUGCAUUAAAGGCACGUUCAUUCUCAAAUGUUUUUGGCGUCUCCAGGGUGCCUCAGGAAAACGUGAAGUGGGCAUUGUAGAACUUGGAACUACUGUGUAACUUUGGAAGAAGAAGUUAAGGGUACAUAAGUGGAUACUGUUUUGAUGAAAUUGCCAACUUCAGUGAGCCCAGCUUUGGGAAGGUGGACAUGAGUAUUCCUUACAAGGGUCUGAAACAAUUUUUUCUUCACUCAGCUUUCUUUUUGUGCGCUGCAUCUUAUAUUCCAUCAGGGGCUUCCAAUGCAUGGUAGUAACUGUCAGAACUGGCCGGGCGCAAGUGGCUCACACCUGUAAUCCCAGCACUUCGGAGGCCAAGGCAGGCGGAUCACUUGAGGCCAGGAAUUCAAGACCAGCCCAGCCAACAUGGUGAUACCCCAGCUCUACUAAAAAUACAAAAAUUGGCUGGGCAUGAUAAUGCAUGCUUGUUGUCCCAGCUGCUUGGGAGGCUGAGGCAGGAGAAUCACUUGAACCUGGGAGGCGGAGGUUGCAGUGAGCCAAGAUCAAGCCACUGCACUCCAGCCUGGGUGACAGAGGACGCUCCAACUUAAAAAAUAAAAUUAAAAAAAACUACCAGAAUAAAUUAUCACCUUGGACCAUAAUUUUGUCACCUCAAACAACUUUUAAACUAGUCUUUUAAAAAAGUAUACUUAAAUAAAAAUCUAAACAUAGAAUGUAAAAUGAAAA